AUGACUUCGAUCGCUCGCCCGCUGGGCGUCCUUGACAGCCCGUCCGUCAUUGGUCCCUGGACACGUGGCUUGGGGAAGUUUGCAUUUCGAUUGGCGGAAACUCGGGGGGGGGGGCAGCGGACGACCCCGGUCCGCGCCUCUCCUCGCCCGGUCUCGGGCACGAAGACCCUGGCGGCGCUGCUUCCCCGCUCCCGCUCCCGCUCCCGCCCCCGCCCGCGGCUGUCCCGGCCCCGGCUCUCCCUGCCCCUUCCCGAGUCUCCCCAGCCUCCGCCCCUGCCGCUCCCGCCCCUGCCGUUGCCGGGCCUACCCCCGGGCUUGCCCCCCGGGCCGCCGGCGGCCUCGUCUCCGGCUGAGCGGCCGCUGCUGCCCGAGCUGCCGGUGCGGCCGUCGCCGCUGUCCCCCCGCGGCCCUCCCGGGGCCUACGUGGCGCUGCCCCCGCUCCCCGGGGAGGCGUCCGUCCUUCCCUUGCCUCCGCCGCCCAUUCUUUCUGAGCUGCCUCGUCUGCCCCGCGGGCCUCUAGCAGCCCCCUCUCACCUGCCGCUGCCUCCGCUGCCCCUAGGUUCCGAGGGCCCCCAGUUGGCGGCGCGCCCCUCACGGCCGGGUCCCCGGGCCGAGCCCCCCGCGCCGCCGCUGCCCCCGCUGCCCACCCGCCCCACCUUUCUGCGCCUCCUCGCCCCGCCGCCUGCUGCCUGCCCGGCCCUCCCGCGCCUGCCCCAGGAGCCGUUCCCCGUGGCCGCCCACCCCGUGGAGCACCGGCCGCUGCCCGCCUUCCCCAGUGCCCCCGUCCCGGCCCUUCCGCCGCCUCACUUCUUCCUCACCCCUCCUGGCUCCUGGACAGAGCGGGUGGCUCUGCAGAAAUAUACCCCCUGAACACCCGGAGCUCCCCACUCCGGUUGAGUCUUGGGUACGGUUGACCUCGUCUUGCAGACACCCUGGACGAGUGGCGCUCACUAAGUGGCCCUUUGAGCUUCGAAAGAGCCUCCGUCCUGUGUGGCGGACUGGUGGCUUGCGUCUUCGCCUCCAGCCGCCCCUCGCUGCCUCUGCCUGCGACCCCUGUGUCUCCCCAAGGGGUAGACCCCCACUUGUGGGGAAGAGACGCAGCAGGCGGGAGCAACAUAUAAAAGACCGGUGAUCUUGCUUUUUUGCUGUGUGGAAGAUGACUGCUAUAGGGACCUUAGGUCCCAAAAGAUGAAUCCAGACCAAGUGACCAGUCAAGUGUUUGGCUUUUCUGCAAGAAAAAGGUCCUGCCUCUAGUGUGACUGAGCCAGAAGAUCUAGUGGAAAAAAGUUCAAGAAUUCCUAAUUUUCAUCCCCUAAUUGGGGAUGGCAACUGACUCUGCCUAGUGGUCCUGAAUUAUUUGUUCCAUUCCAAAAUACUCCUUUUCCUAAGCAAAUGUUCCUCAUGACUUCUUUCCCUCAGAUUAAUGAGCUCAGUGAAGCUUUUCCACCUUGAGCCAGAAAUUCUGAGCAGCGGAUGCACAGACCCAGAAAGUUGGGACUGGGGUUUCAUUUCUUGUCUCUGUGGCAUUUAACACCAGUUAACAAUUGUGAAACCAGCCAUUGUCCCAGGCUUUUGGAAAGAAAUUGCCGUGUGGGACAAGUUUGCAUAACACUGAGGGGGAGUUUACUAGUUAACCCAGAAGCCAGGUGAAGAGGUGGGACUAGGAAGGGAAGGACUAAGGUCAGAGGUCAGAUCAACCGAAAACCCUUUAGGAAAAGAAAAGCCUGCUCGGUGAAGAAUUUGAAGGAAUCAGCCUACUUAUUUUCUGAGGCCCCCUAGGCGAGGAAUGUUGAUGACUUUAGCUAGAAGGAAGAAGGGAAGUAGGGGUCUUUAGUAGUAAUUCAUAAACUUGAUAAUUAGAUUACAGUUCCCUGUAAACCAAAAUUUGAUUGAGCUGAAACUGAUAAUACUGAUAUCUGGCCUAAGGAGCUCAGUGUUCCAUCCAGGUUUAAAGUUAAAGGUUAAACGGUAUUUAUUAAAAGUCUACAGUAUUAAGGUACCUAGUAUUAUUACAUGGCACAAUUUUAUUUGUAAAAAGUUUAUAAUCAAGACUGGCUCAGCAAAUAGGUUCUCUUUCUCUGGUCAUAUCUCUUUCCCUUUCCACCCAGAAAUAACCCAAAUUAUUAAAAUUUCUGGUUUUGAUGUUGGAAAUUUACAACUGAAUAAAGUAUUUGUUGUUUUUGUGUC